GGACCAUCCUGUUCCUAGGAAACCAUGCUGCUUUCUCGUCUUCGUGAUGGCGCUCUUCAUCCUUCUAAUUCUUCGGUCAGGUGUUCUCGCGGUUCAGGAUGAUCUCGCACAUGGCAGCAAAGACGUCGCAGCUAACGGGGCGCAAUUCCCCAUAACCGGACGGUCCAACGUUACCAUCAGAAACGACUGCGUCCACGGCCACGGCUACAACGGAGGCAACGGCUAUGGCGGAGGCAACGGCGGAGGUAACGGCUAUGGCGGGGGCAACGGCUACGGCGGAGGCAACGGUUACAGCACGCCAAUGCCGCAAGGGCACAAUCCUAUGACUAUGAAAGGCGGCGCGGCCGAUCACCGCCGCGGAUGUUUCAUGGUGGGAUAUUGCGUCCUCCUCGGAGCCACAGUCACCUGGUUGCUUCUGUUCGUCUUUAAUUAGCUCGACCUAAAUUAUGUAUCUUUAGAUUCUGGAUUGCAAUAUUAUCGCGUAAGAU